AUGGCUGCUCAAGGGAGGGACUGGACGUCCCUUCCAAGGGAUAUAUGUUCAUGUAUUCUGCAGAAAUUUCUGACGUUCAAUGAGUAUCCGCUGUUCGGUAGAGUGUGCAAGGCGUGGUCCCUCGCUGUCAAGGAUCAGAAGGGGUGGCGAGAACUAUUGGAUACUCAUGUCCUGUUGCUGAUAGUUCCGUCCAGGGAUGGCCACACGAAUAGGUGCAGCCUGUACACUGUCGUCAAUAACAAAUUCUGCGACCUUCAGAUAUCGCUACGGCAUGCUGGGAGAUGUUGUGGCUCUAGCCACGGGAGGCUGGCAACUUUUGGACCGGACAUGGUCAUAACUCUUAGGAACCCAUUCUCUGGUUGUCGCAUUAGCCUCCCUCGAAUUUUCGUCUCCCCUCCAUACUAUCUAACACGACCAAACUUUCGUUUUCUUGACCAUUCCGGUUGGACAAGCAAAGUCAUACUGUGUGAGGAUCCCAGUGAUUCAUCACCAAAAAACUGCAUAGUCGGAGAUCUUUAUGAAAGGUUCGGGUGGCUGGCCUUUAUGAGGCUAUCUGAUGAAGGCUGGACUGACGUUCAAGGUGGGGUGGAGAUGAAGAAUCUGAACGAUGAGGUCAUCUUCCUCGGGGAUAACCACUCCGUGCCCUUUAAAUGCUCGGAUAUUCCCGGCUGCAAGCCUGAUCGUAUAUACUUCACUGAUGAGUGCUUUGAAGAUGGACGUUACGAUAUGCAAGGCCCUACUGAUAUAGGCGUCCCCAAUGUCGAGGAAGGAAGAAUCGAGACAACUUAUACUCGAGACGCGGCCGUCGCCUCCUAUUUUCCUCAUUCCGAAAUUGGAUGGUAG